AUUGAUGUCUACAGUGGUGUUUAUGGUGGGGUGUCUCUGUUAACAGUUAGCUGUUAACAGCGUUUAGCGCUCUAAUAAAGCUGUCGAAGUGCCGUAGCUGCAAACUUUGGUAUCACAUGAUCAGAGGACUCUAGGUGUUGUAGCAACUACUUUAUGUCACGUGAUAUAUGUAGGUUAGGCGAAGCAACAAUCUUUCUGUCACAUUAUCGGUGUAUCGGAGUCUGCUAAGUCACCGUACAGGUUCCAUGUGCCCACUGUUGUCGCCCGCGUCGCAUCGUCGUUUUGGCGACGUCUCCACACAGCAUGUGUCCCGUAAGUGCUGUCGCCGAGCUCUGCUAUCUCUCACAGCGGCGGCCCAAUGGAGCAAUAAAAAGAAAAACCAAAAUACAUACUACACAAUACACAAUAAGACGGCCUUUGGGCCCAGAGUGCUGUGGUCGGUUCUGUGUUUAUGGCAGGCGCGUAAUACGUACCGUAUUUGGGCCCAUUUCAUUGACGGCCGGCAAACGUUAAAGACGCGCGAGCUCCGGCCAGCAUUUUUAGCCAGCAAGCCCGCAAGCCAGCUAGCAGCAACGGCAAUAGCUAAGAGAAUCUCAAGACUCAAGAGUUUUAUCGCGACCGCUUAUCAACUAUCAAAUAUCAACAACUGUUUGUCUGUCGAUUAAAGGCCAAGUUAAAACUAAAAACGCACCGUGCAGUACGCGUCGCGCCACCCAAGGGAUUGGGAAUCCACUAGAUCUUUGGAAGGUUGCCACAUCAGAUCAGAUCAGAUCAGAGCUUUAACAUGGCUACGCUUGGUGCCUGGGAUUAUGUCAUACUGGCGAUUGUCCUGAUCAUCUCCAUACUGAUCGGGCUUUACUAUCGCUUUGUGGGCAGCAAACAGAGCACCACAACGGAAUAUUUGCUGGCCGAUCGCUCUAUGGGCGUCACACCGGUGGCAUUCAGUUUAAUGGCCAGCUUCAUGUCCGCCAUCACCAUACUCGGCGUCUCCAUGGAGAUCUAUCAGUAUGGCACCAUGUUUGCCAUCAUUAACGUCUCUUAUGUGGUGUCCACGCCCAUUGCCGCUUACCUCAUACUGCCGGUAUUCUAUCGUCUGAAGACGGCGAGUGUUUACGAGUAUCUGGAGCAACGUUUUGGCUAUGCCACUCGACUGGCUGCAUCGUUGGCCUUCUCCCUGCAAAUGAUACUCUACAUGGGCAUUGUGGUUUAUGCGCCAGCUUUGGCCCUGGAGGCCGUCACGGGAUUAAGUCAGAUCUUUUCGGUGAUAAUUGUGGGCGUCGUUUGCACCAUUUAUGCGACAAUGGGUGGCAUGAAGGCGGUGCUUAUGACGGACAUCUAUCAGUCGCUGCUCAUGUUUGCCUCCAUCUUUUGCGUGAUCAUUGCUGCGUGGAUCAAGGCGGGCAGCUUGGAUGUCAUAUGGCGCACAGCGGUGGACAAUGGGCGCAUUGACUUUGGCAACUUCAGCGUAGAUCCCACCGAGCGGCAUACGUGGUUCACCCAAGUCCUAGGCGGAUGUGCCACCUACCUAGCGAUCUAUGGUGUCAAUCAAACCCAGGUGCAGCGACUGCUUGCCGUAAGGAAUCUACGGUCAGCGCGUGCGGCCCUCUGGUGGUGUCUGCCCAUCCUUUGUCUGCUCAGUCUGAGCACCUGCUUGUCCGGACUGUGCAUCUAUUGGUAUUAUCGCGAAUGCGAUCCGCUGCUGGAGGGACGCGUUAACUCCCGGGAUCAAGUGAUGCCGCUCUUUGUGCUGGACACCAUGGGCGAAUAUACUGGACUAUCGGGUCUCUUUGUUUCGGGUAUUUUUUGCGCCAGCCUUUCGACGAUUAGUUCGGCAAUAAGCUCGCUGUCGGCUGUGACGCUGGAGGAUUACCUGAAGCCUCUGGUGCGUUGUUGCGCUGGACGAACCCUCACGGACCGCCAGACGCUCUGGUAUUCCAAGUUGCUGUCGGUCUUCUAUGGUGCCCUGUGCGUAGGCAUGGCCUUCUUGGCCGGCUCCAUUGGCGGUUUGUUACAGGCGGCGCUCUCCAUCUUUGGCAUCAUUGGUGGUCCGCUGUUGGGCCUCUUUACGCUGGGCAUGUAUUCGACGUCGGCGAACCAAAAGGGAGCCCUUGCUGCCCUGCUGCUGUCGUUGGCCUUCUCCUUUUGGAUUGGUUUCGGACAGCCCAAGCCGCCCAUACCCAGCCUGGACAUGACUACCGAGGGGUGUCCCAUACAACGCAGCUACGCCAUCGAUGUGCUGCUGACGAACUCGACACGCGCCGAACCUGAGACGGAAUCGUAUUUUUACCUGUAUCGCAUUAGCUACAUGUGGUAUGCAGCCUUGGGUUUUGCCAUCGCCUUUGUGGGCGGCUGGCUGUUGUCAUAUUGCUUUGCCUGGCUCAAAUGGGAUGACAAUCGACCGAUUUAUCAGGAUGCGGACUGUACGCUCAUCAAGCAUGAUCUCUUUGUGCCACCGCUGGCGAAACGUUUGCAGCGCAAGCAAAUGCCGCGCGUCAUUGUCACGAACACCAGCAGCACCGCCAGCUCCGAAGAGCUGCCGCCAAAGGAUAUUGCAUAAAUAUGCGGUGAUGUGAGGGGAAUCGAUUCACGUUUUUGCUUUGCUUUUUAUUUGGGAACACCAACCAUUUUUUUUUAAGUGCUUAGCAAAUAAAAUUGUAAACUAAACAAUGAGUAAAAUGUAAAAGUUUGCUGGGAGUCGUCGACGUCGACGAUCACGAAAUCCUUAAUCGGAUGUUGUGGGCGGCGCACGAUUUUCGUCAGCCUCGUAGUAUGUGCGUCGCUGCGUUAGAUGCCACAGGGCCAGCAAUCGUGUCAAGUCCUUGUAGCUGAGCGUCUCCAGCUGUCGCUUGUCCGCAGUCUGCACGCCCGCCGCAUGCAGCUCCUCCACAAUGGUAUCGAACAUAGCCGAACGGGGCUCCACCGGUUCCUCCUCCAGUUUUCGUGGCGCGAUAACCAUGUGUGCCGUCUCCUGACGUUGUCCCGCUGAAGCUCUGGCGUCACUCGACUUUUCCUCGUUGGAGUCCAAAGCCACCAGCUCGGCAUCGUUGGUCAUGGGCAACGCUGCGCUAAGUUGAGCAAUCAGCGCCACGAGGAGGAGCAGUACAACAGUGAACUUCAUGAUCGUUGUUACAAUUGAAAUCGGUCGUUU